AUGGCACCGACUGACAACAUUGAGGUUGUCCUUCCUCCCCCCAGUCAGGAUAUCUCCACUUACAGGCUCUUCACCGAAGAAAUCGAGCGCAUUGUCGACGGCAUACUUGAGGAGGAAAGCUUCGAAUCCACCAGAGAUGAGGACUGGAAUGUGGACACUACCCCCCUGAGUGCCAGGAGCUCUAAUAAAUCACAAAACGACGUUGCCCGUUCAAGCUCUCAGAAGACGAAGCUUGGUAGCAAAUCGCCCUACUUCCCCCCACAUACAUCAACCCCGCAAAAGCCGAAAGCCAAACAAAAGCCGCCACGAAAACGGAUAGCUACAAGAAACAUUACAGUUGUGAAUAUGGAUGAUGAAAGCGGAGAGGAAUAUGCACACGAAAUUAACGGUCAUUUGAAUGGGAACGACGACGUGGAGACGAUGGAUAAGAACAGUAACGGGUCGAAUGUGACUGGACUUGACAAAGACUGUGAUGAUUCUCUCGGCCCAGAACCCCAGAGCGAUGAAAAUGACAAUGCCAAUGGGCCGGGACUUGACAACGAUGAUGAAGCCGAGGAGGACGCCAUCUUCGUAUCAAUUGCGCAGUCUGAGCGCGAUGAAAUUCUUCACUACGUUGCGACCCACCGAUUCUUCGAGACACCCGUUCAGCCUGUACCACGUUCUGCUAGAGAGCAGUUUACCAUUGACUUGCGAAAGAAGGCGGUAUCAGCAGGGAUGCCUGGUACCGCUAUAAAUGGCUUACUGAAGUACGUGCGCCGGAUCUACCUGGAUACUGCUGGCGCUCCAGAUGCGGGAUCCCAGGCUUAUUGGGACGAGAUUUCAUUCGGGGAAGAAUUCGAUGACACCCCGAAAGAAACUGUGUUCCUCGGCAAAACUCGCAAGAGAAGCCUUGACCAAGCAAGUGAAUUUAGCUCGAAGAAACGUAGGAUGAGCGACAGACGUUCUUCCAGAGAUUCGAAUGCUUCUGUCCAGCUUGUGGUGCAGAUUGAGGAUAGCCAAGAAAUCGGCGCGCCUCGAACUCAUCAUUCUCCCGAAGCACGGCGCCAGGAUAAAGUUCGUCUAAUGGAAUCCGCGGGCGGCCCCAAUGAAAUACCCGAAUCGCCCAUUCUUGCCGCGGUUUCCUCUACAAAGCAUAGAGAACAGCCACCUUCUAUUUCAGAAAUCAUCAAUCUCACUUCUAAGCUCAAUGAAGAGCAACUCGCAUGCAACGAUUGCAAGCUCCAAAACAACGAGCCCCUUCAAAUCCCGAGUGUUGCGAUGAAAGAGAGUUUGGUGCCUGUACCAGCCGAUACGGAACCGGGUGAUACUGGCGAUAUUUCCCCACAGGAUCUUAGCCACCUAUAUCCUUUUGAUUCAAUGGAUAUUGAACCCGAGUCCGUGCCCAAGCACCAAACUGAGCCUAACUCCAAGUCGAAGCCUGAGCCUCAAUCCAAGUCUGCAUCCGAGGCAAAAGCCAAAUCAACGCCGGAACCGACGCCUGAGUCCAAACCUAUGGCCAACGUGAAAGAAACACUGCCCGGCUCCAAACAAAAGAACAAAGAAACCAUACAGCCCUCUCUUUCCUCUCAACCGAAUUUGGAUUCAGAACAAGUAGAAUUACAAUUGCAAGCAUCGUUGGAACCACAUUCUACAGAUGUCCCUUCCAAGACAUCAGAGCAGAUAUCAAAGAGAGCGCAACAGAGGGUGACCCCCAGUGAUGAGGUGACGUCCAAGUAUUUCCAUGCUGCCACAACCAACAUUUCUUCACCCAGAUCCGUCCGAUCUGACUUGUACAAAAUGACCCUUCCCGCUGAAACAUACCGAUACCUUGACCAUUUUCAUUUGUCCCCAGAUUUUCUGUUAUCAGAUUCGACCUUGAGUGAGGUUCCAAGUGACUUUGAACUUGAUGAGAACUCUGUUUACCCCUCAACACCCGUGCACAGCCCACGAUCUGUCGCUGUAGAACCCGCUGUCGUUCCUGAAACUCCUGUUAAACAAAUUUCCUUACUUGUCCCCGAAGAUCCCAAGCCGUUGCGAUCCAAACUACCCAAAAUCUCACCUUAUUUCCCCAAGUUGCCGAGCGAUCCACAGUCUUGUCUCCCAUUUCCCCCUAUUGAUGCGCCGUAUUUUGGUCUCGUGCAGGAACAGUUGGCCCACGAACCAUUCAAGUUGCUCAUUGCAACCAUAUUCCUUAACCGCACUCGCGGGGGUGUGGCUUUACCAGUUUUGUUCAAAGUGUUUGACCGUUACCCUACCAUCGACUCUAUGGCACUUGCCGACGAAUCAGAGCUUGUGUCCAUGAUACGCUGCCUCGGAUUUCAAAACCAGCGUGCAAGGAAGUGUAUUUCGCUAGCCCAAAUCUGGAACUCCAACCCUCCGCUGAAAAGCAAACGCUAUCGGAAGAUGCACUAUCCUCACCGACUUGACGGUCGGGACAUUGGUCCCGAUGAAUGUGUUGAUGACGAAGACCCGCGGUCUGCAUGGGAAGUUGCUCACUUGCCUGGUGUCGGAGCUUAUUCCCUGGACAGCUGGCGUAUUUUUUGUCGCGACGAACUGCGAGGAAUGGCUACAGAUUGGAUUGGGACUGGUGCCACUACCUAUGGGUUUGUCCCUGAAUGGAAAUCAGUUCUCCCUCAAGAUAAAGAAUUACGUGCAUAUCUUACUUGGCUCUGGCUCAAGGAAGGAUGGGUGUGGGACCAUCACACAGGCGAUCUCAGUGCAGCGAGUGACAAGACGCUGCGAGCUGCACGAGCUGGUGGAGUGGCCCACGAAGAAGAUGGAAAUUGGGUAUUGGAGACCUCACCUGUUAAAACAUUGAAUGGAUUGCAUGAGGAUUGA